CGUUAUGUUGUGCGCAGAAAGGUUGCGCAGUGCACCAGUUUUCAAGCCGACGCCAUGUUGGUGAGGUGGAUUGACAAAUACCUCGGAUGAAACCCGCGAUUUCCAGCACGGAAUGGAAGCGUAACUUCACGUCUAACGGUUUACUUUUGCACCUACAGUUAAGUCUAGUCGGGCAGAAGUAUUCUGGCUGGGGAGAAGCCACGGAAAACGGCGAACAUGGCUCUCGAAAGCCUGUUCAGCAAACCCCCACCCUUGGUUAACAAAAAUUGUGAACCAGACACACAAAACGAAGAAUCUGAGCUCGCUGAGAAAGAAAGGAGGAAAAUGCAAGAAGCAUGCCAAAAGACAUCAUUUGGAGACCAUGGGAGUGAUGAAGAGUCAUCAGGAGAAGAAGGGGAGCUGGAGGAAGGAGAAGAGACAGAAAGUAGUGCAGCCUCCACAGGGGACACUGGACAGUCUUUUGAUGGGGAAGGUUGUGAAAUGCUUGAUCGUGCCAAACACUCGUACGAAGGGGAUGUACAGCUACAGUAUGGAGAACUUGGUGAAGGCGGCUUUCAUCAACCACACAUGGGAGACAGUGAUGGGUUAGCAGAGGAGAUGUCACUACCCCAGGGUCAUGUUGUACAGCCAAUUGGAGGCCAGGAGGACUUUGCUCAGCCAAUAGGAAUGGAGGAUGGCGAAUUUGAUGCAGACUUGUUGCAAAGUGACAACCAGAUACAGGGUAGCAAAGUUGAAGAUGUAUCCAGCUCCCUUAACUUUGGUCAAGACCACUUUCAGGCUCAGCCGGAAGACUUCAUUGACUUCUCACAAACUGCAGCUGAUGGAGGUAUAGCCGGACAGUUUGGUAAUUACACUGUGGACAGUGGGGAGGACAUUGUAGAUAGCAUUCUUAGGGAAGCAGCCAAGCCCCUUGCUUCAGAAGAGGUACAGGAGGGAGGGACACAAUAUAGGAUUCAAGGACAGGGUCAAGGUUUUUCUGAGGAUGAUCAAAACAUAGUUGUUAAUGAGGGUGAGUAUGAAGAAGAGGACCCACAUAGUGGACAUGAUGAUAGACAUCAUUCUUCAAGAAGAUUAGUUGAAGAAGAAAUAGGUCAGGAUGAUGGUGAAUAUGAUGAAGAUGAUAAUGUGGAACUGAAUCCUGAUGAAACAGUCACAGAAGAACACUACAAGGCCAAUAGUCAUGGAAGACAAGAGUACACUGAUGAUGCGUACAAGGAACAUGGAACUGUGGAAGAUGUUAGUGAUGAUGAAGGGGAGUAUGUAGACCAGGGGGAAGAAGAAAUGGAUAAAGAUAACAAGCCAGGAACAGAUCAUGAAUUUGAGGAAUCGCACGAGGAGGGUUCUGAGGAAGAGUCUUCAGAAGAAAGUGAAGAAGAAAAGAUGGAAGAAGAUGAAACUAAGGCAAGGUCCCCAGUUCAAAGUGAGGAAAGAUCACAGGAAGCUCAAGAUGAGGACCUGGAGGAGGGAGAACUGGAGGAGGGAGAGAUUGAUGAUGAUGAUGAUGAGCCGCAGGAAGCAGCCCCUCCUCCUGAGAAGAGGCAAAAGAAGGAGUCACGGAAAGAGAGGGCAGAAAGAAAGAAAGCAGAGAGAGCCGAAAAGAAGAAGAGGAAGGAGAGAGAAAGGUUGAAAAGGAAACGAGAAAAGGAAAAAAGAAGAGCAAAGAAAAGAAAGCACCAAUUCAAAGCCACUGAAAAGGAGCAGCGGUCCAGAUCUCGGUCUCCAGGCUUCUAUGGCUCCAGUCCCUCCUACAGUGACCACAGCCACUACAGUGACUAUGAUGAGUUCAGCUAUGGGAGACAAGGUGGUGCCAGCAGGAAGAGAAGGAGGUCCGGGUCACAUCCUUACGACUCCCCAUAUGAAGAGGACUACUUUGACAACUAUGAGGGAUUUGGUCGAUCACCCCAGAAGGACAGUUUUGUCCCCAGGGGAGGCCGUGGAAGAGGCCGUGGGCGAGGGAGGGGCAGGGGGAGGGGUGCAGGUCCACCCCAUGGCAGGGGCGGCAGUAUGAUGUCCAUGCUGGAAGGUGAUGACAUGGACAUCAACAUAGCAGCUAAUGAAGGGGAAAGUUUUGCCGGCCAUCACAGAGGUGGGCGUGGUGCGCAUGGUGGCCCAGGCAGGGGGCGGGGCAACAGAGGGCGUGGCACCUUGGCAGGGCCACCAAUGAAGAUGCGGGGCAGGGGAAGACCCAGAGUGCUUUGCAAAUUCUGGAUGGAGGGAAGAUGUGCCAAGGGACAAGAUUGUACCUUCAGCCAUGAUGCCCAACCUUACAAAAAGCAAGAGAUGUGCAAGUUCUACCUGCAGGGCUACUGUGCCAAAGGGGAGCAGUGUCUCUUCAUACAUGGUUCAUUCCCUUGCAAGUUUUACCACACGGGUAAGCCCUGCUAUCAGGAUGAAAACUGUCGCUUCUCCCAUGAUCCUCUGACUGAGGAGACCAAGGCACUGCUUGACAAGUACCUUGCAAGAGAGCAGGAAGACCAGGAGCUGAGACGACAGGAACAGGAGCAGCAACAACAGGACAACGAGCAAGAGGACCAACUGCCUCCUCCGCCUCCCAUCAUGCAACAGGAGCCCUACCGUGGUCCCAUGCCUCCGCCCAAGGGUGUGGGCCUCCUCCCCACCCCCAACAUUCCUCCUGACCCCCAUGCCAACGACCCCAAACCUAAAAUUCCCUCGCUGUUCGAAAUAAAAGUGGAGCCACCAAAGAAACUUAUGCACCGUUUCUUUGGUGAAGCUGUGUCGCCAACAAAGCAGGGUCCUCCCCCAGGUCUCCCCAUGGAAGCUGUCCCCGGCCCCAGUAGCCUGGAUGUACAUGCACAGCAGACGGCAGGCUUCUACCAGGCCUUCUACUCCCAACAGGGAGGGGCAGAGUCUCCUCAUGACAACGAGGGAUGGAAUGAAGAAGAUAUAAAGCCAAUCACUGAUGAUGGGAAAGUUGAGACUGAAGAUGCUAGUGAUCAUGCAAAAGAGGAUGCAAGUAAAGAGGAGUCAGAGAUUGAAGAUGGGAUGGAGCAGCAUCAACCACCUCAGCUGGAACAAAGUCACCAGCCUGCGGAAGAAGCCAAGCAAACAGAAGAGGAGGACAAGGGUGGGGAAACAACAGAGACUGCACCAGAGGAGUCAUCUGCGAAGGAAAGCGAGAGUGACACUGAAGGCAAAAAGUUGGACCUUGUUGGUGGCCCUGACCUGAGCCACAUGCCACACAGACAGCGGGCACUCUUCCUCCGCAUCCAGCAAAAGCAGCAUCAGGAGUCUCUAGACAACGAGGGCAAGUCUGAGGAGAAUAAAAAAGAAGAGAAACAAGAGGAUGACUGGUACUCGAGUGAGGAGGAAGAUGAUAGGGAAGGAGAUGAGACAAGCCAGCCACUAACCAAUAUUCUACGGACUCUUCGUGAGCAGGCAAGCACACAGCCAGCUUCAAACCAAGGUGGCAACUGGCCAUCAGCUGGUGGAGGCUCCAGGCCACGCAGUGUGUGGGGAGAGGAUAAACAGGAGCAGGCACAGAACCAUGAUGUGCCCCUGUCCCAGCCACCACCGGAGAACUGGCCUGCUGACCGACGGGUCAGGCUGCAGGGUCUACCACAGGGCACACCGGCACAGAACUGGCCGAGGACAGCAGCAGCCCCUGAGGCACAGGUACCCAAUCAAGGUGGGCUGGCUUGGCCAUCAGAUCCAAGAAGGGCGAGGGAUCCACGUGCACAGUCACAGGACCCACGCUCCCGAUCAUCGGACCCGAGAUUGCAGCCACAAGCAAAUAACAAAAUGUUGGAUCCCAGAACGCUGUCACGGGAUGAAGAUUUUGAGGAACCCGAUGAGCCCACUACCCCAAUGACUCCCACCACGCCUGGUGGUGGUCACCGGCUCCUGUCCCAACCAGCCAUCAUCCCACUGGAGCCUCAUUCUCUCCAGAUGGACCCUCGACUGUCCAACAUGAACCACCAACCACGACAGGUGGUUCUGGAACAGCUGGCUCGAUAUGGCCAGGCUGGUGGUCAGCCUGACUCCAGAUUGAGCCGGCCAGUGCAGUCUGACCCCAGGCUCGUGCGCAGCCAGUCUGACCCAAGACUACAGAAUGGGCAGGCGGGGAAGCAACAGGACCCCAGAGCACGAGGCGGUAUUCAGCAGGGUCCUGACCAGUCUGUGAGCCAGAUGGAACAGAGCCAUCAACCCGUGCCAAACCAUAGGGGUGAAGAGGACGUUGGACCACAGAGAGGUCCAAGGUUAGAGCAUGCCUUUGGCAGGCAAGGUCUGAGACAGCAAGGGCCCAAUCACAGUCCGCCUCAGUUUCCUGGUAACCAAGGAGGACCACGGCCCCCGGCGAGUCAGACUUUCCCAGGAAACCAGGGCGGGCCACCAUUCCAGAGUAACCAGGGAAGGGAACGGUUUCCUGGACAUCAAGGUCAGGCUGCUCCUCCCAGCCAAGGGGGGGCUCGAUUUCCUGGAGGUCGAGGUGGGGCUCAGUUUCCUGGAAAUCAAGGCGGGGCUCAGUUUCCUGGAAGUCAAGGUGGGGCUCGAUUUCCUGGCAUACAGGGUACAGGGCAGUUCCCUGGCAACCAGUCUUUGGGACAGUUUGGCAACAACCAGAGCCGUCCCCCGUUUUUAGGUGGUCAAGCUGCCCAGUUGGCCCGGUCUGACCCACGGCUUGCGCGUCAAGGCAGUGACCCACAACCGUUACAGAAACCUGCCGGAGACCCUCGUCUCCAGAGGAAAGGAUCUCUUCCUGCACAGCCUUCAACCAACAAGGCAAUGGAUCCUCGGCUGGCACGCCUGCAGGGGGCACCAGACCCCAGGCUGCAGAGACAGGUAUCACGAGAGAAGGGACAUGAUCCUCGCUUAGCACGGCAAGGAAGACUCCCACCCGAACAAACUGGUGAGCCUACGAUUAAUGCUUCCACAGAGAAGCCUGCAGAAAAGCCUGAACCGGCCAAAUUGGCUCCCUACGAUCCCAGACUGUUGUCUGGUAGUUUGAAGUCAAAUUCUGGAGCCAAGCCAGCUAAUAACCCUCCAAGCUUACCUCCCUACGACCCAAGAGCAAUGAACAAAACAAGCAGUAGCGGACCCGCCACAAGUGGUGGUACUUCUCAACGCAAGUUUGUCAUUCCGAAGGCAGCUAACACGGGGGAGAGCCAGGCCCGCAUGACACGACAAGGACUGGACCGCGGACAACAUGUAGGUAGCACAGGAACACAAGGAGAUAACACUGCCAAGUAUAACGCAUACAACCGUCCCCGCCCUAGACCCGCUGUUCCAACUGUCACUACGUCGGGUGCUAUGGCGCCAAUGGCUAGUAGUGUGCCGUCCGCGACUAUUCCCACACCAGUCAUCUCCAUGUAUGGUAGUGCUAGGCCACCCAACAACCCACAAGGACCUGCUUCAAACAGACCUAAUCAGUCAAAAGAUGAGUCCCUUAAGGAUGUUUUCAAAACAUUUGAUCCAACGGCUUCUCCAUUUGGCAUGUAGGUUAAGCUUCCCAGUGAAAGUAACAAGUCAUGUCUUAUGUGAUACAUACAAUGAAUAUGUGCUUAUAGAUAUAUACAUGUAUGCAGUCAACAGUCAUGAACACAUAUAACUUCUCAAAGAGUGUAUACUUUACAGUAAUGUUGAUACCAGCUGUCAUGGGUGUCAUUAAUGUUGUUUCAUGUAUGACUUAAUAUUACCUAAGUACAGCGAUGGUUACUAUCCGCAUCAGAGAUUUGCCAAGAUUUUCUCACAAUCCUCAAAUGUAGGGUCUAAAGCAUGUGAAAAAGUGUCUAAUUUGUCUGAAAAUGGACCAAAUUGUAAUUGUAAGAUAUACUGUAUUUUGGGCCCAUUGUUGUCACGAAGCAGUUUCCACCUAUAGUUAUAUGAUCUCCAGGCAGAUCUAUCCAGACAGUAUCCACCUGGCCAAACAACAUCCAAUGGCCCACCAGGCUGGAUACUGUCUGCCACACUCAGAUUUGUUUGGAGAUUACUAUAAUUAUACACAUUUAGUUAGUAUCUCAUUAUGUAACAGGAGUGAGAAUCCAGGGUCUUGACUGUACCAAAAUGUACAUAACUCGUUUUAGAUACCCACACACGUCACUCCGGCCCUAAAUACAACCUGCAAAAGUAAUGGCAUUGUCAGUGGUACUGUUCUUGUCUUAUGAGAAUGUACAUGUAACUGUAGCAACACAUUUUCUUGAAUAUUUCUACAAGUGUUUAACCUGCUGAAGUGCAGACAACAAGACAUCCACUAACUCUCACUGUUAGAACAAUCAUAGGCCAAAUCUUGAGUAUUUUGUCGAAAUGUAAGGAUGUUACAGUAUGUGAGGUCUAAUAGUUACAAAUCAUUUCAGCAUACUUCCAACUUCAAUGUAGCAUUUGAUAAACUAUAUAUACUUUGUCUACUUUAAAUGUAUGUCGUGCAGUGUAUAAUAUAAUGCUUUUUACUACAUGUAACAGCUCUUUCUAUGUCUUCCUCUUCCAGACUGUUUGUGUAUUACACACUGUUUUAUAUUCUGCUAUUUAUAGAAUGUGUGAUGUCAAAUUAAUGUUUGUGCAUUAUUUGUUAUUCUAUCAGAAGCCCGGAAUGUCUCCCAUAGUUGGAAAUGAUUUAUAUAAAGCAUAUUGCUCACUACUGUGAUGUUUUGAUUGACGUUUUCUUGAAUGUCAGUUGAUAUGCUCUCUCCAUGUUUGUAACGACACUGCCCUUUAUCCAUAUUUCAUGUUAGUCAUGGCUCUUGAAAUUACAAAAUAUGAGAAGCCAGGAUUGUCAAAGUAUAUGUACAAUAGCUAUUACAUUUGUGAAUAUUUUGUGUAUUAUUUGAUGUUUUCAAAAUAUAGUAUUCACUGCCCAAAGUG